CUAGAGUUGGACCCUUAACCGACUGAGCUACCCAGGCGCCUUGCAAAUAUUUUUAUAUUGAGUGCAAAUCAGACUUACACUUUGUACUUCCAUCAUGAUCAGUAUUCUUUUUUGACGUCCUUCUGGAUGAUUUUAAUAAUUUUCUUCAUUGUUAGAUUUGCAUGUAGCAGUAUGGAACAACGUGGCAAUUCCAAUAGGGAGAUAUACAGAAGCAUAUUUUGAGGAAAGUGGUACUUGAAGGAAGAGGGAAAUAAGUUCCUUAAUAUUUAUAUACGUGUAAUUUAAAAGACUUGAGUUCACACUUCAAUUAAGUUUGUGUGUGUGUGUGUGAGAGAGAGAGAGAGAGAGAGGUGGGGAAGGGAGAGAGUGUCUUCUCAUUAUGUAUGUAAUGAAGAUGAGGGGAAAAGUGAUUAACUUAUUAGGUGGUGUAGGCCAGGUUGGUUAAUAUUUUAAAAUUAUGAAGUUUUUUUACCUCUCAGUAAAUUUUGCAACAUAUAGUGAUCAUUGUUGAAGACAGAUUUUUCAUGAUGAUGAUAGUGCUAAAGGAUGUUGACCUAAAAAUUCGAAUUUAAAUCUGGUUUUUAGGCCAGUAUUCCCUAGCUGAUCUAUCACUAUAACUGACAUUAUUUACUUCUGUAUCACUUCGUGCCCUUCUAUAUCACAAUCACACUUGGGGCUUUCCUAGGGCAUAAUCUUUGACUUCUAACUUAAGCCCUGUCAUAGAGCCAAGUUAUUUUGCUAAGGUUUGUUUCUAAUAAUGUUAUUCUCUUUUAAUUUCACUAAAUUAUUGUAUCUUCAUGUACUCUCUUCUGAGGUAUAAUCUUCCUACCAUCUCCACAAAUAAUUCCUCAUCCUUCAGCACCAGUUUUUACCAAUGGCUGUGGAACUCACUCUCUUUGCUUGUCUUCAUCUCAGAUUUGGACUGAGCAACAAAUUUGAAUCAGAAUUCCCUUCUUCAUUAACCGGAAAAGUAGCUCCUGAAGAAUUUAAAGCCAGCAUCAACAGAGUUAACAGUUGUCUUAAGAAGAACCUUCCUGUUAAUGUACGUUGGCUACUUUGUGGCUGCCUUUGUUGCUGCUGCACAUUAGGUUGCAGUAUGUGGCCAGUUAUUUGCCUCAGUAAAAGAACACGAAGAUCGAUUGAGAAGUUAUUAGAAUGGGAAAACAAUAGGUUAUACCACAAGCUGUGCUUGCACUGGAGGCUGAGCAAAAGGAAAUGUGAAACGAAUAACAUGAUGGAAUAUGUCAUCCUCAUAGAAUUUUUACCAAAGACACCGAUUUUUCGACCAGAUUAGCAUUUACUUUAUUUAUAGAGACUUUCCAAGUAUGUUGUCUUUCCAAUGGUGCCUUGCUUGGUGCUCUCCUGGUGGUGACAUAACAUUGGUUCUACAGAAUCGUGUGGUGUUUUUUUCUGUUUUUGUUUUUUUUUAAAUAACCGCAUGUUCUAAGUGUGCAUUUUUGUCAAACUUUGCAAGUUAUUUCAUACAGAUGUUUAAUACUUAAGUUAUUGUGCUCUUUUCUGUUAUGUAUUCUGAUUUUCAAGGAUUACUUUUUUUGUAUUAUCGAAAAAAUACAUUUGAAAUUAGCAUAAAAA